AUGCCUGUCCUCAAGAGUUGGCUAGCCGCCGCUACGGCGAUUGGCAUGUGCCUGGGUGCUGCCCUUCCCACUCCUUCCGCCGAGGACAUCAAGCUCCUCAAGGAGAAGAGCGUGCUCAGCGAUAUCCUCUUUCCUGUCCUCCCCUGCGGCAAGUUCAAGCUCGAGGAGGCCACCAUCGAUGAUAUGCAGGCUGCCAUGAACGCCGGCACCCUCACCUCGGUCCAGCUCGUCGGUUGCUAUGUCCUCCGCACUUUCCAGACUGAUCUCUACAUCAACUCCCUCCUCCAGUACAACCCUGAUGCUCUGGCCAUCGCUGCUCAGAUGGACGCUGAGCGUGCUGCCGGCAAGGUCCGCGGUCCUCUUCAUGGUAUUCCCUUCACCGUCAAGGAGAACAUUGCCACCAAGGACCAGAUGGAAACCACUGCUGGCUCAUGGGCUCUUCUCGGCAGCGUUGCCCCUCGUGAUGCCCACGUCGUCGCCAAGCUCCGUGAGGCCGGUGCCGUUCUCUUCGGCAAGGCUACCCUCUCCGAGUGGGCCGAUAUGCGCAGCAACGACUACUCCGAGGGUUACUCUGCCCGCGGUGGUCAGUGCCGCUCUGCUUACAACCUGACCGUCAACCCCGGCGGUUCCUCCUCCGGUAGCGCCGUGGGUGUCGCUGCCAACACCAUUGCCUUCUCCCUCGGAACCGAGACCGACGGCUCCGUCAUCAACCCUGCUAUGCGCAACAACAUUGUCGGCUUCAAGCCCACCGUUGGUCUUACUUCCCGUGCCGGUGUCAUUCCCGAGAGCGAGCACCAAGAUUCCGUCGGUACUUUUGGCCGUACUGUCGCUGAUGCUGUCUAUGCUCUUGAUGCCAUCUACGGUGUUGAUGAGCGCGACGAGUACACCCUCGCCCAGGACGGCAAGACCCCUGAGGACGGCUACGCCUCGUACCUUACCACCAAGGAUGCCCUCAAGGACGCCACCUUCGGUAUUCCCUGGAACAGCUUCUGGCGCUACGCCGACCCCGAGCAGCUCCGCCAGUUGACCGCCCUUAUUCAGCUCAUCGAGGAUGCUGGUGCCACCAUUAUCAACGGCACCGAGAUCACCGACUACGAGAGGAUCGUCAGCCCCAAUGGCUGGGACUGGGACUAUGGCACCAACCGCGGCUACCCUAACGAGUCCGAGUACACCGUCGUCAAGGUUGACUUCUACAACAACAUCAAGACCUACCUGUCCGAGCUCGAGAACACCAACAUCCGCUCUCUCGAGGACAUCGUCCAGUUCAACUACGACAACGACGGCACUGAGGGUGGUCACCCCUGGCCCCAGGGUCACCCCGCCUUCCGCUCUGGUCAGGAUGGCUUCCUCGCUUCCCUCGCCACCAAGGGUAUCAAGGACGAGACCUACUACCAGGCCCUCAACUUCACCCAGUCCUCUACUCGCAACGGCAUUGAUGACGCCCUUACUUACAAGGGCAAGAAGCUCUCCGGCCUCUUUGUCCCCCCUGAUGUCGCUCAGGCUCCCCAGAUUGCUGCUCAGGCCGGUUACCCCAUGAUCACCCUUCCCGCCGGCACCCACUCCGCAAGCGGUAUGGGUAUCGGUCUCGGCAUCAUGCAGACUGCCUACGGUGAGGCCGAGCUCGUCAAGUGGGGUUCCGCCAUUGAGGACCUCCAGAAGUCCACCGACACGCCUCAUAAGCGCACCCUUCCCCAGUGGAGGGAUUUCCUCAAGAGGAACAUUCCCGUCUACAACGUUUACGAGGGUUCCGAUUAA